GUUUCAUGAAGAUUAUGGAGAGAGAUGCUGAAGACAGGAGGAUAAAGCGGAUUGCUAAAGAGAAAAAGGCAACUGCACUCAAAGACAAGGGGAAUGAAGCGUAUGCUCAAGGCGACUAUGAAACUGCUGUGAAGUAUUACAGUGAUGGCUUGGAUGAACUACGGGACAUGCAGCCAUUGUACACCAACCGAGCACAAGCCUACAUCAAGCUGGGAAAGUACAAAGAAGCCAUCAGUGACUGUGAAUGGGCCCUGAAGUGUAAUGAGAGGUGCAUAAAGGCUUAUGUACACAUGGGCAAAGCAUUUAUGGAACUGAAGAAAUAUAAUGAGUCCAGACACUGCUUUGAAAAGAUAGUGGAAAUUGAACCUGGAAGGGAGAAGAUGGUAAAAGAAUACCUGAUCCAGGUAGGUUUGGAAGCGGAGAGAGAGAAUCAGGAGAUGAAUGCGAGGGAGGAGUUUGACAAGGGAGAGGUGAAGGCCAGAACGGUGCCUCAGCUUCUUGAGAAGCUGUCAAGGCCCGGCCAGAUGCCCCUCUUCUACCGCGGAGGAUUGGAGCUUCUCUUACAAGCAGUUACUGACUUUUUAUCGCUAAAAUGA